CUCCAGAGCUGCGCGUUUCAGGGUCGCUGAUCUACUUCCGGGUUUCAGAGUUAAAGGUGGAAGUUGUUAGGACUACAAACUGGCACAAGGAUCAACAUGAGCAUUCAGGAGCAGGACUCACCGGAGAAGAAAUACGACCCACUUGACAAAACUCUGAAGUUCGUGAACAGGGGAGAUGACUUGGAUCCAGUGUCUUCUGAUUUUAAUUCUCUCAGAGCUGAAAUGUCCUGCGGCCAUGCGGUCACUCCUGAUUCCCUGACCCAGUGGUGUCGCAUCCAGCUGGACGAGGGUAACCAUAAAUUCAGAUGUCCUGCGGUGGUGGAGGGAACCCAGCUGUGCAACAAGCUGUGGUCGUACCAGGAGGUGCGCAGACUGGCUGACCUGAGCGUUGAUGAAAUGGAGUAUUUCGAGCAGAAGAUGGCCUCCCUGUCCGUCUCAGAGUACUGCGAGGUUCAGUCGUGUCCAAAAUGUAAAACCACCGUGGAGAGGAAGGAUCUGUCCAACCUGUGUGUCCAGUGUGUCAUUUGCACCGCUGACCAGAAGAAGACCUACCAGUUCUGCUGGCAGUGUCAGAAGGAGUGGAAAGGCUCGGGGCCUCGGUCGGAUCGCUGCAGCAACGACGGCUGCAUCAACAGGGACCUGCAGCUCCUGCAGACCUGCAAGGACAUCAGCCUGCCCGAAGUGGAGGGCGUCACCAGCUGCCCCUCGGUCCGGGCCUGUCCCGUCUGCGGCAUGAAGGUGGAGCACAACCGGAUGUACUGUAAAAACGUGACGUGUCCUCGCUGUCGCUUGACGUUCUGCUUCGUUUGCCUGAAACCGAAGAGCGAGUGCUGCCAGAGCAGCUCACCGUACAGGAUCUGUCCCGGCGGCGUGGCGCCGAGGCAGAGCCACAUCCCCGUGUGGAAGAAGUGAUGGAGGACGGUUUGUCUGGUGGACAGUUUCACCAGAAACAUAGAGGAGGAGUUCUGAAGUUUAGGAUAUCUUAAGAAUUAUUUCAUGUACAGAAAAUGUUUGCGUCAUUCGUGAAUAUUCCAGCUUUAAAACUUUAGUUAUAAAACGUUUACAGUACGUAAGUCACAUUUGAAAGUUUACAUAGUGAAUUGUUGAAAACUUUUUGAGCAUUAAAGGGAGAUUUCUUAUUUGAUAGGAUACUAACAUUCUUUCUAAUUCUUUCUGGCUACAUGUAAAAUAUAUUUAGUUAUACAUUGUGUUGAUUUUGUUUUUAAUCACAUUUCUAACAUUCAAGGCUCAAAUUCACAUACAUAUUAAUAGUUUUUUGCUGAGAAUGUUGCAGUCAUGCUUCUGUGAUUCUUUUAUUUAGCACCUUAUGAAAAAAGUAGCAUUUUGUAGAGGAACAACCAAGAUAGACACAUAUAUCAAGACAGAUGAUACCAACAGUGAUUCCAUCUUCAUCUGUGAGUUAUUGCUAUUUUGUAAAAAAAAAAAAA